AUGUCGACUCUUGCCGCUGACCGUAACUUCUGGGACCCUCUCGAGGGUAUCUUCGAUUUCUCCCUGAAGUUCGAAGAAGCUGUACUACAGCUUAUCCCGUCAGGGAUAAGCCUUGCUUUUUUUCCAAUUUUUGCCUAUCGAUAUCGCCAUGAUCCCAUUUACGUCCGCUCUAGCCCAUUGCUUUGGGCCAAGCUCUUGAUCUCUGCUGUCAUUGUUGCGUGCCAGGCUGCCGCCGUUGGUAUCCACAAACAUGCGACUGCCGACCAGACUGAUACGGCUAUACCUGCAGCAUCGCUCGAGCUACUCGCCGCCAUCAAUAUGGUCAUGAUGGUGUACAUUGGCCACAGGCAUUCUAUUCGCUCUUCUGGACUUCUGGCCACCUAUCUGCUCUUCACUUUCGCUAUCGACAUCGUCAAAGCUCGCUCGUAUUUUCUCCGGGGAGAAUUGGAUGCUCUUGGUGGCCUAGCGGCUACCACAGCGUCCCUGCGCUUCUUGUUGCUCAUUCUCGAGGAACGAUCGAAAAGAAACCUUCUGUUUGAUCAAAACCUUCGUGAGAUCUCUGGCUCAGAGGCUACCAGCGGUUAUUUUACCAGAUCGUUCUUUCUUUUCUUAAAUCCGAUAUUCCUGGGUGGGUUUUCCGGUCAACUUCAAAACGCCGACUUGGAGAAGCUUGGGUUGGAUUUCUCGUCGAAGGUCUUGCACGAAAAGCUUCAACAUCAAUGGGAGCGUGAUAAUAUCGCCUCUUCCGACCGUCGCCUUUUCUGGGCAACUUUUUAUGCAUUCAGAUGGGAUCUCUUCCUUAUUUUUAUCCCACGCCUCCUAAGUAUUGGAGCUAGUUUUGCUCAACCAUUUCUCAUCGAGCUCGUCACCGAAACAGCGGAGCUUGAUGCUAAACAGGAAGGGCACAAGGUGUCUAACGGCAAGCGAGGGGGAAUGUCGUUUUCGACGGUUUUGGUCUAUGUCGCCUUAGCCGUGACCAAGGUAUCGGCUUCACACCUAGCGAAUCGUCUCGCUGUGAAGGUUCGCGGUGCCCAUGUUGCUAAGCUGAUGGACAAAACUCAUAAGCUCAGUGAACGCGAGGCCAAAAAGUCGGCAGUUUUGACCCACAUGAGCUCCGAUAUCGAGGACAUUGCCAAGGGUCUUACCAACUUUAUCGAUAUCCCUAUGGUUAUUCUAGAAGUUGUGGUCGGAGUUUUCUUCCUAUCGCGAUUUAUUGGUGCUUCUUGUUUCUUUGUACUACUUCCUGUUCUAGGAACCAACAUGACCUCGUUUCUUCUUAGUAGGAAAUCUGGACCGGCAUUGGGUAAAUGGAACAAGCGCAUCGAAAUGAGAAUUGCGAAAACAACCGAAGUGCUUAGGCAGCUUCCAGCCAUCAAGAUGCUAGGUCUCGGCCCAACUAUGCGCGAUCAACUUCACCGCCUGCGAGUCGAGGAGAUGGAGGUCUCGAAGAUCUAUCGAACUCCAAUUGUUGUCAUCGCCGGCGCCUUUUUCUGGAGAGGAUUUGAGCACAGGCUGGUAUCGUCUCGUGUAUUCCCAACGCUCGGUGUCGUCAGUUUGAUCCAAACCCCGACCAUCAAAGCGCUGAUGUCUUAUACGGAUGUCACAGCGAUGCUUGCUUGUUUUGGCCGUAUUCAAGGCUUCAUGGACUUGCCUGAGCGUGAGGACUCACGGGUGCAAUGGGAUCCAUCCGCGCCUUCAGGUUCCUAUGAGCUUGUGCCGACUUCCUAUGGCUCAGACGUGAUGAGAAGUCGGGUACAAGCGCAGAGUCCGUAUGGAAUCAUCCAGUUCGCCAAUGCCAGCAUUGGACCUGUCGAUAUGGAUGAACCCCUUCUUAAAGAGAUAAAUCUCUCUCUUCUUCGAGGCGCAGUCUCAGGCGUUCUCGGUCCUACUGGCUCUGGUAAAUCCACCUUUUUAAAGAGCAUUCUGGGAGAGACCAAAAACGCAGCUGGCUACGUGUAUACCGAUAAAGUAAACAUCGCUUAUUGUGGUGCCAAUGUCUGGCUCAAGGACGCGUCGAUUCGGGAUAACAUUGUCGGGUGUCUGGAAUUCGAUGCUGUUCUAUACCAGGAGACCAUUCAGGCAUGUCAGCUUGAGGAAGACAUCGGACGACUCCCUGGCGGGCAUGAUUACGUUGUUGGUCCGAAUGGUUUCAAUCUCAGUGGUGGUCAACGCCAGCGUGUCUCUCUAGCUAGAGCCGCUUUUGCUCGAUGUGAUAUAACUGUUAUUGACGACGGGUUCAGUUCACUCGAUCGACGAACAGCAACUUCUAUUCUGUUUGCUCUCUGCGGAGCCGAUGGCCUUCUCCGAAGAACGGAUUCCACAGUUCUUAUAUCCACAUACCUGCCAGAAGUAGUGGACAUCAUUGAUCAUCUGAUCACUGUUGACGAAGAUGGGCACAUCGUCAUGGAAGGCCCCCAUGAGAAUCCGGCCCGCAGUCUCAUGAUCGCAGGAUACCUGAGCUCUGUGAGGCCGUGCAUUUCUGAGGAUAUUGAGGACCAAGAGAAAGCCUCAAUCCGCCGACUAUGGGUUCUUGAUCCUGCACAAGCCGCUGACCCGGAAGAGGUCUAUAGGAGGCAAAGAGGAAGUUGGCAGCUGUAUUUGGUCUACAUUGACAGUAUUGGGAGAUUCAAGUGCCUUGGACUCGCAAUUCUGGCAUUUCUCGUCGCUGGCAGUGAGUACCUUCCUGAAGUUUACAUGCGAGUCUGGACCGAAAGGCACCCGGAAUCUGGCAAGUGGUUUAUUGGAUACGCAUGCCUGGCCAUUAUCACCUUUGUUCUGUCAGCAAUAGCAUAUUGGCUACUAUUUGGUAUCGUUGCAGUAAAGGCUGCAAUAGCGCUACAUGAACAGAUGCUUAACGCCACCAUGGGAGCGACGCUAGGCUUCCUCACCAGCACCAAAACCGGAAAUAUUCUCAAUCGCUUCAGCCAGGAUACCACUCUUUUCGCCAAGGUUCUGCCUUCAUACCUCUUCAGGACUAUGUACAUGUUCUUCUCGUCGGUGGUGCUGGUCGCCAUCAUCCUGUCAAGCGCCUCAUUUAUGUCUGUUUCGCUGCCAGCAAUCGUGGUCGCAAUCUACUUCAUUCAGGGUUUCUAUCUCCGCACAUCUCGUCAAAUCCGUCAUAUUGACCUCGAAGAAAAGGCGCCGCUGUACACGUAUUUUUGUGAAACAGCCGAAGGCAUUUUAUAUAUUCAAGCCUUCGGCUGGCGCUCCAAAAGCAUGGCGAACGGUUAUCGACUCCUCGACAAUUCUCAGCAGCCAUACUACCUGAUGCAAUGUAUUCAACAGUGGCUUGUUCUUGUGCUUGGUCUCCUUACUGCCGUAAUUGCAUUUAUCCUGGUGUCUAUUGUUGUCUGGGGUGAGAAGGGCACCAGCGGCCCCGCCGUCGGGUUGUCAUUUCUGAGUGUUAUCAGCUUCCAGCGAAUACUGGUCCUGCUGCUUGAAGCCUGGACCGGAUCGGAGACGUCAGUUGCCGCCAUCUCCAGACUGGAACAAUUCAAGAAGGAAACGCCUCAGGAGCAUAUCCCCGAGGAACCCGAAGAUUUACCCGCAGACUGGGCACCUGAAGGGUACAUCGACUUUACCAACGUCUCUGCACGCUAUAAACCUGCGAGAGACACUCCGCCCAUCAUCCGAGACUUCUCGCUUGCUGUAGAAGCGGGGGACAAGGUUGGCCUUGUCGGCCGUACCGGAAGUGGCAAAAGCUCUUUAUUACUUGCCUUGCUUGGGUUCCUCCAUUGCGAGGGUCGAGUCGAAAUUGACGGUAUUGACGUCAAAAAUAUUGAUCCCGACUUUUUGCGGUCACGCGUCAUUUCUAUUACGCAGGACUCAGUACAGCUCAACGAGACCGUGCGCAAGAAUCUUUUGCCAUUUACCAUCAAUGACAAUGACGACAACAGGACAGAGGAGAAAAUGAGAGAACAGCAGCUGACAGACUCUGCGCUUGUUGAGGUUCUACAGAGUCUUAACCUGUGGUCCCAGAUAGUGCAAAAGGGAGGGCUGGACGCAAUGCUGGUGGAUUCGGGAUACUCCAAGGGCGAGCUGCAAUUAUUCUCGAUUGCGCGAGCCCUUGUCCGUCGCCGAGAGACUGGAAGCGGUCUCGUCUUGAUUGACGAGGCGACUAGCAAUCUGGACGCGCUCCGAGAUCAAGAGACACAAGCAGUGAUGCGGGAGGAAUUUAACGACUGCACGGUGUUGACGAUUGCACAUCGUGAGGAAACUAUUCGUCGUGUCGACUUUACGGUUGCCUUGGAUGACGGAGAAAUGACGAGUAUGGGCGUUCCUCAGGUAGAAGCUGACCGAAUCGCAGCAGCUUCUCAAGAUUGA